UUUUCAUUUUAAAUUAAAAUCAUACACAUAAAUUUAUUUUUUACUUUCUUCCCGCCAUAGACAAGAGAGCAGAAGAAAGAUGACGUCACCAUUUUCAUGGAUCAAAGCAGACGAGACAGCAAAAGAAGCACUCGUCAGAAUCCUCACGGAACGGCCACUAGUCCAAUUGCCGGCGCCACUGCACCGGCUGCCCCUCCGCGUCGGCAACGUAGUGGAAAUCGUGGGGCCCUCUCCUUCAGCCAAAACCCUAAUCCUUAUCCAGGCUGCGAUAAAUUGUAUUUUGCCUAAAGAGUGGAAGGGUGUGCAAUAUGGCGGGCUGGACCGCUCUGUGUAUUUCAUUGAUUUGGAGUGUCGGUUUGAUGUUUACAGCAUCGCACAAGCGUUGGAACGGCGAAUUAUUAGGGCUAAUGGAUCGAGAAGUAAGCGCAACGAGGACGGAUAUGACAAGGAAUUGUUUGCAGCAUGCAUGGGUCGAUUUUUGUAUACGCGAUGUUACAAUAGUUUCGAAUUUCUUGCUACUCUCAAGACAUUGCAUUUUCAGCUUCGGAAAGAGAAGGAAAAGCAAACUAGUGCUGUUUAUAUGCUUAUGAUCGACAGUAUCGGAGCUUUUUACUGGAUGGAUCGUGCUUUACCAUCUUCAUCAUCAGGGAGCAACAAUAGGAAAAGUAUCUCUCUUCAGACUGUGGCAGAAACUAUAGUUCAUGAGAUUCAGAGGCUUGUUUUGAUGCAUCCGAUGAUCGUUUUAGCUACCAAAUCAGCUACAUUUGGCGAUAAGCAAUCUACGAAUGAAUUGAUAAGAUAUUCAGGUAAAAGAUCCAACGAAAAGGUAUCGGAUUCAAGAUUUCCUCAGAAUCUACCGUAUCGUGACUACAUGCCGUCAGCAUGGCAGUCCUUUGUUUCACACAGGAUACUUUUUCGAGCUUCAGACAGCGAAAGCAGACAUCAAAAGCGUUCGACUUUUUUCACAGAAUGGCUGUUGCCAUCACUCAAAUUCUCAGACAAGUUUAUAGUAACUGAUGAUGGUCUCAUAGAAAUUUUAUGAAGUAGAUGCAGAAUCUGGAUUCUGGACCAAUACAAGUGGAUAAGCAGAUUGUUCCAAGAUGCAGAAUCACUUCUCUUAUAAUCGAGCUUUUUAUUUGGUGUAACUUAAAACGAGUAACAAACUACUAAAGAUUCAAUAAAGAAAACGACAUAUUCGUUUCUGUCAAAAAAAAAUCUGCAACCAAAAUAAUCAA